AUGACAACCACGACAGCGGGCACGGCCUCCAACCCCGCAAUGCGGGCGCGCGACGAUCUUGAUUCUACGUGGGCAUAUCUUGAGAAGAAUGUUAACAAUGUCAUGACCAAGUUGCAAGAAGGUCUUGACAUGAAGACAUACAUGGGUGUAUAUACCGCAGUCCACAAUUUCUGUACCUCUCAGAAGGCAGCCACAAGUCAAAGCCAGGGUGGCUCGCCGGGGACCUUAACCCCCAGCCACCGUGGCGCUCAUCUCCUCGGCGAAGAACUUUACACCCUCCUUGGGAAAUAUCUCACGGAGCAUCUCCGUGAUGUCUUGGUCUCGUCCGAAUCACAUACAGAUGAAGCACUCCUGGCCUUUUACAUCCGAGAAUGGAAACGUUAUACCGACGCUGCAAAAUACAACAACCACCUCUUCAGAUAUCUGAAUCGACACUGGGUGAAGCGAGAAAUCGACGAAGGCAAGAAGAACGUCUACGAUGUGUACACUCUGCACCUGGUCAAAUGGAAAGACGACUUCUUCAAAGCGGUGGAGGGCAAGGUGAUGGAUGCGGUCUUGAGACUCGUUGAAAAGCAGCGCAAUGGCGAGACUAUUGAUCAAAUGCAGAUCAAGGCCAUCGUUGACUCCUUCGUAUCGCUCGGCUUAGACGAGCUUGACAGCUCAAAGCCCACUCUCGACGUCUACCGCCUGUAUUUCGAACGUCCCUUCAUUGCCGCGACCAAGGAAUAUUACGUUAAUGAAUCUCGACGCUUUGUUGCAGAGAACAGUGUUGUUGAGUACAUGAAGAAGGCCGAAGCAAGACUGGAAGAAGAGAGGGAGCGGGUGGGCCUCUACUUGCAUCCCGACAUUAUGAAGAAACUCAUGGAAACGUGCAACGAAGCCCUGAUCAGCGCUCACUCCGUCUUGCUGCGGGAUGAAUUUCAGGUACUUCUCGACAACGAGCGUACGGAGGACCUCGCCCGAAUGUACAAACUGCUGUCCAGGAUUAAGGAUGGACUAGACCCACUGAGGACUCGGUUUGAAAUCCAUGUGCGAAAAGCUGGCACUGCAGCUGUUGAGAAAGUUGCUGCCCAAGGAGACAACUUUGAACCAAAAGUCUACGUCGAUGCGUUGCUCGAAAUUCAUGGUAAAUACCAGCAACUCGUCAAUGUUGCUUUUACUGGAGAGUCCGAAUUUGUGCGAUCGCUGGACAAUGCUUGCCAGGAAUUUGUCAACCACAACCAAAUUUGCAAGAAUAACUCUACUCGAUCCCCUGAACUACUUGCCAAAUACGCCGAUCAACUCCUCAAGAAAGGCGCCAAGGCGGCCGACGAGUCUGAGCUUGAAGAACUCCUUGUUCAGAUUAUGGUCGUGUUCAAGUACAUUGAGGACAAGGAUGUGUUCCAAAAGUUCUACUCCCGCAUGUUGGCUAAGCGUCUUGUGCACACGAGCUCUGUGUCCGACGAUGCCGAAACGAGCAUGAUCAGCAAACUGAAGGAGGCGUGUGGUUAUGAAUACACGAACAAGCUUCAGAGAAUGUUCCAAGACGUUCAAAUUUCCAAGGAUCUCAAUACUGCCUACAAAGACUGGCAUGACAAGAUUCUCGAGGACAGUGACGAGAAGAGGACCGUCGAUUCCACAUUCCAAAUCUUGGGAACGGGUUUCUGGCCCCUCAAUGCUCCCAACACUCCGUUUGCGCCUCCUUCCGAGAUCAACAAGGCUAUCGAGUCCUUUACCAGGUUCUACGACCAGAAACACAAUGGCCGCAAAUUGACAUGGCUGUGGCAGCUGUGCAAAGGUGAAAUUCGGGCCAACUACAUCAAGAGCCAGAAAGUCCAAUACACCUUCCAAGUUUCGACGUAUCAAAUGGCCAUCCUGCUUCUGUUCAAUGACUCGGACAAGCUGGAUUAUUCGGAGAUCAAAGAACUUACCAAGUUGACUGACGAAACGAUUGAACCCGCAAUUGGUAUCCUGUGCAAAGCUCGUGUCCUCAACUCGUCGCCGGAGGACGGGAAACCCACAGCCGGCACCAGUUACUCGCUGAACUACAACUUCAAGAACAAGAAGGUCAAGAUCAACUUGAAUAUUACCGUCAAAUCCGAACAGAAGGUAGAGUCCGAAGAUACUCAUAAGACAAUUGAGGAGGAUCGGAAAUUGUUGCUCCAGGCUGUGAUUGUUCGGAUCAUGAAAGGUCGGAAGAAGCUCAAGCACGUCCAUCUGGUCGAGGAAGUCAUCAACCAAGUCCGCAACAGAUUUCCCCCCAAGAUCUCCGACAUCAAGAAAAACAUCGACGCGCUCAUGGAGAAAGACUAUAUUGAGCGUUUGGACAAUGACGAAUUGGCUUACAUCGCAUAA